AUGGACAAAGGUGAAAGUGUCUACCAAUCGUUACCAGGAAACACGGGCUCUUCCCUGGGGCAGAAAGCAGUGAAAGAAUUUGUUAGCGACUUUUUACGGCCAACGUCUAAUGCAGAUAAAGUGCUGGCUGAUAUGCGGCCUGUAUACAUUGACAAAGCCACGACUUUUGUUAAGGAAGAGGAAAAGAAAGAAAUUGCUAGAAAUCUGAGAAAGAAGAAAGAUCGCAAACUGACUGCUAGGGAGAAACGACAGUUAAAGGUGUACGACAUUCCGAAGGAAGCUCAUCAGUAUAAGUUAUUUGAGCCACUAUCACAACUUUGGCAAGGAUAUAUGAGUAAAUUAUUAAGUCAAGGAACAACGAAUUUUGAACAAAAAUUGAUCAAAGCAGAUUUUCAUGGUGCUACUAUGACAGUUGUUCAAAGCAAAAAUCCAACUUAUGUGGGCGUCACUGGCAUUGUCGUCCAAGAAACAUUAUCCGUUUUCAACAUCAUCACGAAAGACAACAAACUCAAGCAGAUACCCAAAAAUAGCAGUAACUUCAACAUUUAUAUUGAAAAGUUAGGACGAAAUUAUACAAUUUAUGGUCCUCAGUUUGUUGCACGCCCGGCAGAAAGAGCAGCCAAGAAAUUUAAACCAAAACCAACCAUUGAUUUAUAG